AUGCAGAAAAACUUUGCUCCAGUUGAAGAAAUUGGCGAGCAAACUGUAGUCACUUGCUGCGAAGGCAACAUUCCUAUCAAUUUUCCGCAGGGAGUUUUCGUCAGGAACGGUCCAAAUCCUCUGUUUGGCGGUCUUAAAUCCACGGAAUCAAUUUUUGGAAGAUCAAGCCAAACAUGGGUCGAGGGAGAAGGAAUGCUUCAUGCGAUAUAUUUCGAAAAGGACUCCGGAGGAAAUUGGCUACUAUCCUACAAAAACCGAUAUGUCGAGUCCGAUACUUUCAAGUUAGAGAAGCCACAAAACAAGCCGUCUUUUCUUCCAGCUGUCGAAGGAGAUUCUUGGGCUAUUAUGGCUGCUUAUCUCCUGAACACUCUUAGGUAUGGAGCAGUGAAUAAAUACAUGAGCAACACUAACGUUUUCGAGCACGCUGGGAAAACAUAUGUGGUUGCGGAGAAUUACGUGCCUCAAGAAGUAGAUAUUGCCACGUUGGAAGCUCGUGGCAAUUGGAACUUCGACGGGGACUGGGAUCAACCUUUCACUAGCCACCCAAAGAGAGCGCCUGUUUCGGGGGAGCUGGUCACCAUGGGAAUAAAUGCUUCGAGACCUUACUAUGUUGUGGGCGUUAUAUCUGCUGAUGGGAAGAAACUCAAUCAUAAGGCCGAUCUCGAGUUUGAUCGGAGUGUUCUCAGCCAUGAAAUUGGUGUCACACACAGGUACAAUGUGAUCAUUGACCAUCCCCUUGUAUUUGACAUGAAGAGACUUGUCAGUGGUGGACCGUUACUUAAGUAUGACAAGGAAGGGUAUGCGAGGAUAGGGGUGAUGCCUCGUUAUGGAGACGCGAGUUCAGUCCGAUGGUUUUAUAUAGACUCCAGCUGCACAUUUCACAUAUUCAACUGCUUUGAGGAUGGGGAUGAGGUUGUGGUGAGAGGAUGUAGAGCUCUUACAUCGGUGUUUCCAGGUCCCGAUUGGGGUAUGAACAAGUUCGAUUGGUUCUCGAGAGGAUUCAACUUCAGAGAACCGGUGGAUGCAAAUGCUAAUGAACAUGGAGGCUAUCUGUUUACCUGUGUCUAUGAGUGGAGAUUGAACAUGGAAACUCGGGAAGUUCAAGAGUCGAGUCUUACGGGCACUGAAAUCUCUGUGGACUUCCCUUUCAUAAAUGCCGAUUUUACUGGCCUGCGUAACAUGUAUGGUUAUGCUCAAGUCAUCAAUUCAAAGUCAAGCUCUGAAUGUGGUAAUGCAAUGCCAGUCUCCACUCUCUAGUGCAUGUCCACUUGCCCAAAGUAGCGCAUAAGAUCAGUUUCAUAAUGCUUAUGCAUCACUUGUUUCAUUCAGGAAUGGCUAAAU